UCUUCUGUGUCGGUUCCCUCGGUCUCCCUGCCCAGCUGCACUCCUUUUGAUCAUUCAUGUUUCCUCUAAAUGCAUGUUAUCUUUAAUUAAUUGAGUGCCUCGUGGAAAGCGAGGUGGGGGAGACAGAGAGAGAACAGCUAUCGCUACACAAUUAACGUACAAACCAAGUCUGCUGAGUUUACUGAAAGCAAGUGCUGAAUUGACUAAUAAGCUUUAUACGGUUAAUGUUUUGCUCUGAGAACAGACCCGGGAGCUGAGAUGGAGGACAUGGAUCUCGAGGAUAAGAAGCCUAAGAAGUACUGCAUGAAGACAAAGCAUGUGGCUAUUAUCUGUGGCGUUGUGGUCAUUGUAGGUCUUGCUGUGGGGCUUGGUGUGGGACUGACCAGACCUAAAUCGCAGCAGUCUUCAGAGGAAACAGAUAAGCCAAAUCAGCCAGAUCAACCAACAACCUCUCCUCCCACAGUGGAUGCAGGUUCCUGUCCUCCUAAAAAUGAUGAGACUGGCGAGUGGAGACAUUUCAGACUACCCACUUACGUGAAGCCUUUCCACUAUGACCUGGAAGUGAAGCCUGAGAUGGAGGCAGACAUUUACACCGGGACAGUCAGUAUUUAUAUUGCUUUGGAAAAAUCUACCACCCACCUGUGGCUCCAUCUGCGAGAGACCAAGAUUACAGAAAGGCCCACGCUCAAGAAAUCCUCAGGACAGCAGAUUGCUCUGACUGACUGCUUUGAGUACGCACCACAAGAGUACAUAGUGAUGAAGGCAGAAGCGGAGAUCCCUGUCACUGAUGAGAAUGACCCUUAUAUACUCACCCUGAAGUUUCAAGGCUGGCUGAAUGGUUCCCUGGUUGGCUUUUAUAGGACCACCUACAUUGAGAACGGAGAGACUAAGAGCAUUGCAGCUACUGACCACGAGCCAACAGAUGCACGGAAAUCAUUUCCUUGCUUUGAUGAACCCAACAAAAAGGCAACUUACAAUGUAUCUAUCAUCCAUCAAAACACGUAUGAAGCACUUGCCAACAUGCCAGUACAGCAAACUGUACAGGUGGAAGAUGGUUGGAAUCGGACAACUUUUGAGAAGUCAGUUCCCAUGAGCACUUACUUGGUAUGCUUUGCAGUGCACCAGUUCAAGUUUGUAGAGAGACAAUCUGCUAGAGGAAUACCCCUGAGAGUUUAUGCCCAGCCACUGCAAUUACACACGGCAGAAUAUGCAGCAAAUGUAACAAAAAUUGUAUUUGACUUCUUUGAAGAGUACUUUAAUUUGAGCUAUUCUCUUCCAAAACUAGAUGAAAUAGCUAUUCCAGAUUUUGGGACAGGUGCUAUGGAGAACUGGGGGCUGAUCACAUACAGAGAAACAAACCUACUUUAUGAUCCCAACGAGUCUGCCAGUUCCAACAAACAGCAAGUAGCAGCCGUGAUAGCUCACGAGCUCGUUCACCAGUGGUUUGGAAAUAUUGUGACCAUGGACUGGUGGGAUGACCUGUGGUUAAAUGAAGGAUUUGCCAGUUACUUUGAGUUCCUGGGAGUCAAUGCUGCAGAACCAGAUUGGGAAAUGCUUGACCAGGUUUUAAUUGAUGACGUGCUUCCUGUAAUGAAGGAUGACGCUUUGCUUUCUUCCCACCCAAUUGUGGUCAACGUGUCAUCUCCAGCUGAAAUCACCUCUGUGUUUGAUGUGAUUUCCUACAGCAAGGGUGCAUCGAUUCUCAGGAUGCUUCAAGACUGGAUUACGCCGGACCUCUUCCAGAAAGGGUGUCAGGCAUAUUUGAAGAACCACCAUUUCCAGAAUGCCAAGACACAGCAUUUUUGGGAAGCUCUGGAAACGGCCAGUAAUAAAUCUGUGAGCGAAGUCAUGGACACAUGGACUAGGCAGAUGGGCUACCCUGUACUGGAGAUGGGAAGUAAUUCAGUAUUCAGCCAGAAACGUUUUCUCUUGGAUCCCAGUGCAGAUGCUGCUUCUCCUCCCUCUGAUCUUGGUUACAAAUGGAAUAUACCAGUGAAAUGGGGACUGGGGAAUUCAAUGAAUUAUACUUUGUACAACACAUCAGAUUCUGCAGGAAUUACAAUAACAUCAUCUCCCGAUUCUUUUGUGAAUGUGAAUCCAGACCACAUUGGAUUUUAUCGUGUGAAUUAUGAUAAUCAAACCUGGACCAAGUUAAGCACUCUACUGCUCAACGGCCACGGAAAUUUAUCAACUGCUGACCGUGCAGGGAUUUUGGAUGAUGCCUUUUCUUUAGCAAGAGCUGGACUUGUGAGUUACUCUGUUCCUCUGGAGCUCACAAAAUACUUAACAAAUGAAGCAGACUAUUUACCUUGGCAUAGAGUUAUAUCAUCUGUAACUUACAUCGCAGACAUGCUUGAAGACGAUACAGAUCUCUAUCCCCUGUUUCAGGAAUAUUUUCGCCAUCUGGUAAAACCCAUUGUGAAUAAACUGGGCUGGAGUGAUUCUGGAGACCAUUUGGACAGGCUUCUUCGUGCAUCUGUUCUCGACUUUGCUUGCAGCAUGAAUGACCCAGAGUCUCUGAGCAAUGCUUCUCAGCAAUUUGAGCAAUGGCUACAAGGAAAAAUCAUUGCUGUAAAUCUCCGACUCCUGGUAUAUCGCUAUGGGAUGCAGAACUCCGGCAAUGAGUCAUCGUGGAAUUACAUGUUCAAGAUGUACCAGGAAGCUUCAUUAGCACAAGAAAAAGAAAAACUGCUGUAUGGCCUGGCGUCAGUGAAUAACAUCAGCCUUUUGGACAGGUAUCUGAAAUACGUUUACGACACCAACUUCAUCAAAAGCCAAGAUGUGUUCACAGUCCUGAGAUACAUCUCCUAUAACACCUAUGGGAAAACAAUGGCCUGGGACUGGAUUCGGCUUAACUGGCAAUACUUAGUUGACAGAUUCACUAUAAAUGACAGAAACCUUGGCCGAAUAGUAACCAUCAGCCAAACCUUUAACACUGAACUCCAGCUUUGGCAGAUGGAAAAUUUCUUUGAGAAAUAUUCUAAUGCUGGAGCAGGAGAAUCACCCAGGAGUCAGUCAAUCGAGCAGGUGAAGACUAAUAUUCAGUGGCUGAAAGAUAACAAGGAGGAGAUACGAGCAUGGCUAGAGUCAUGGAAAGGCCCUUAAAGUCUUAGUUAAAAAUACCAGGCCCUCAUUCUGGGCGUGCAGAUCCUCAGAGAUAUUUAACAACGCGGAUUUCUCACCUAGGUACUUUAGGGGACCAAGGUCUAAUAUUUUUUCUGCAACCACUCAGGAGACCACUGCCAGAGCAAUGUUUGUGUAGCUGCUGAUCCUGGAUCCUGCCAGCGCUUGUGCACAUGAAUAGCUUUAUAUUUUGAGAGAUUCAUUUGCCUGAAUAAACAGGACAAAUAUUUCAAGUUACUCAAAGCAGAAAUGAUGGCAGAAUUGGGGUCUUUGCUUAUCAAGCGGCUCUCAGGCCUUCCAUAUACCACUCUGAAAAACUACUUCAUGGUUGAUACAGAAGUACACCUACUACACUCAGGGAUUCCUUUCCAUGUGCACCUUGUGGGAGCUUUGUUCUGGAGAAAAGGGAAUUAUGCAGUGAUUUAAACUUUGUCUGAAAAUCGCCCCCUAUAUUUAUAUUCAUUUAAAAAAUCUACAUUUGGGAUUUAGCUUUGCAUUCUUAUCCUACAGAAAGGCCGGUUAAGCUUCCAUCUCCAUUGAUUUUUGAAGUUUAACUACUGGUACACAAGGGAUCAAUAUUAUCAGCUACUUUUUCAAUGUUAUUAGUUGGGAUUCUGUAGCUUGGGGAAGGGGUUGUCUUAGUUAUUUUUGUCUUAUUUCUAAAUCUUGUCAAAAGAACUUGUGGCAGCCUUUACUGCAAACAAAAACAGAUGGUACUUGCUGUCUCCUUACGGAAAAAUAAAAUUUAGAAAAUCU